GUUUGAUUCGGUAAAAACCGAGAUUGAACGAACGGACUGUGGAACCGACGAAGCUGCCCCUUUAAAUCAGGAAUACAGCGCAUUCAGAGGAGGUGAAGGUUUACAGCUGACCAUCUGACCUGAGAUCACAACCACUCCUGACCAUCUGACCUGAGGUCACAACCACUCCUGACCAUCUGACCUGAGGUCACAACCACUCCUGACCAUCUGACCUGAGGUCACAACCACUCCUGUCCAUCUGACCUGAGGUCACAACCACUCCUGACCAUCUGACCUGAGGUCACAACCACUCCUGACCAUCUGACCUGAGAUCACAACCACUCCUGACCAUCUGACCUGAGGUCACAACCACUCCUGACCAUCUGACCUGAGGUCACAACCACUCCUGACCAUCUGACCUGAGGUCACAACCACUCCUGUCCAUCUGACCUGUGGUCACAACCACUCCUGACCAUCUGACCUGAGGUCACAACCACUCCUGACCAUCUGACCUGAGGUCACAACCACUCCUGACCAUCUGACCUGAGGUCACAACCACUCCUGACCAUCUGACCUGAGGUCACAACCACUCCUGACCAUAUGACCUGAGGUCACAACCACUCCUGACCAUCUGACCUGAGGUCACAACCACUCCUGACCAUCUGACCUGAGGUCACAACCACUCCUGACCAUCUGACCUGAGGUCACAACCACUCCUGACCAUCUGACCUGAGGUCACAACCACUCCUGACCAUCUGACCUGAGGUCACAACCACUCCUGACCAUCUGACCUGAGGUCACAACCACUCCUGACCAUCUGACCUGAGGUCACAACCACUCCUGACCAUCUGACCUGAGGUCACAACCACUCCUGACCAUCUGACCUGAGGUCACAACCACUCCUGACCAUCUGACCUGAGGUCACAACCACUCCUGUCCAUCUCAGUGACCCAACUCACCUGGUCAGUUCCCCUGCACACACACACCUGUUCUACCUGGUACACCUGUCUACCAACCCAACACACACCUGCCCUGCCUGGUACACCUGUCUAUCAACCCAACACACACCUGUCUGGCCACUGGAGCAGACUCCAAUCUGCACACCAUCCACUAGUGGGGGUGUGUGUAUUGAUGGAUCAGGAUGUCAACCAAUAACAACAUCGCCCAGGCCAGGAAACUGGUGGAACAACUGAGGAUCGAGGCAGGGAUCGAACGUAUUAAGGUGUCUAAGGCAGCGGCAGACCUGAUGAGUUACUGUGAGCAGCACGCCCGUAACGACCCGCUCCUCGUUGGCGUCCCAACGUCAGAAAACCCUUUCAAAGACAAGAAACCCUGCAUCAUCCUAUAGCUGCACACUUGUCUCUGCCCAUCACACACACACACACACACACACACACACACACACACACACACACACACACACACACACACACACACACACACACACACACACACACACACACACACACACACACACACACACACACCUGCCUGUACACACACUCCCACCGACUGACUCUGCAGCAGCCAACAAGGCCCAGCUCUGUCAGGCUAUACAACACACACACACACACACACACACACACACACACACACACACACACACACACACACACACACACACACACACACACACACACACACACACACACACACACACACACAUAUAAACGUAAACACAGAAAUGAAAUAGCCACUCUGGAGAAGUGCCAUACUCAGUGCCAUACUCAAUAGCCACAGCUAGGGGGCGGUGUCUGUGUUUACAGACCACAUUGCCACAUUAAUGAUAUUAGCCCUGGAUUGUGUCUUUGUGGUGCUGAGGGUAAGCCUGCACUAACAUGCAGCCCUACCUGAUACUGGUUACUGACUCACCCAUAGAGAUAGUGACACUCAAGUGGAGAUGACAGAUUUACUUCAAAAGGGAUUAGGACAAUAAUCUUAAUAGGAAUCCACAGUCGCCAACAUUAAGUUAUAGGCUGAUGUAUAGCAUGUAUUUUAAUGAAUCAAUGAUUUAUUGAUUCAUUGAUUAAUCAAUUGACUGAUAGCAUGUAUCUCUGGGUGCUGUGGAAUGAUGGGUGUAAGGUACAUUUGGGUAAGGAGUGAGGUGGAGGGUGCAUGUCCAAUUUGUAAGUCGCUCUGGAUAAGAGCGUCUGCUAAAUGACUUAAAUGUAAAUGUAAAAAUGUGUGACCAAUCUGGUGUAAAACCUGGGUCGUCCAUGUGAUGCAAGAUGUGUUAGCCCUGUCAGCUAAAGCCUAGCCAUUAGCCGUGGAAGCUAAUACAAGUCUUCAGGUCCCAGGCAUGGUUACUCAUCACUAAAGCACCGUGGCUAUACACGGUGUGUUUGUUAGCCAUAUAGUGGCUGACUUGCCACUGACUUGCUAAGUAUCACAAUGUCAGCGUUUCCACAAGAAACAUGGCAUUGUAAACACUGAGCAGGUUGGUACAUGCUGCAUAUGUACCCACUGGGUUUAAUCCCGGAUCAUCUGCAAUGCCACAAGACUGUGUUAGCCCACUGAGCUAAAGUAUAGGCUACAUACUCCCCUACUCUAGUGAAGGUUAUCGAUCAAAACUGUUUCUGCUUUGGUUUUGAAUUCUUGGUCAGUGGGUUUUCUAUCGGCCAAAACUCCAGCUGUGUCGACUUGUGGAGUAAGUUGCUCAUAGACACUGAUCUAAGAUCAGUCUUGUGUUUUCCCUCUAAUGGUAAAGGUUAGGAUUUAGGGAGGGUCAUCUGAUACUAGAUUUGUGUCUAAAAGGCUGCCACAGGCAGCCUAAUUCAGAUCUUUGUCCACUAAUUGGUCUUUUGACCAAUCAGAUCAGCUCUUUUUCCAAUAAUUGGGCAAAAGAUCCGAAUUGUGCUGCCUGUGUAAAUGCAGCCUAAUGAAACUUUUUUCUUGAGUAUUGCCAAGUACUGAGAGGUUAACUGUGUUCAAGUUUUUAACACCAGAAGUAUAUAUAUAUAUAUGUUUUUUUAUUAAUUAUUGUUUCGAUAUUUUGUCCAUUUAUUGCCAUACACUUAGCAGAUACUGUAGGUUUCCAUUCACUCCUUAACUUUACACUUGAGGCAAAAGUUUACCUUAACCACAGAUCUAGGAUCAAAUUAUCACCCCCAAUCUUAAUUUGAACCAUAAGGGGGUGUACAAAUAUCUUAUCCUAUAUCAGUGGUUAUAGAAUUCACUAGUUCUGCCAAUGAGAGCAAGCAUCACAUAAUGGGCUUUGCUUAUUGGAUCAUCAUGUGUUUUAUUGAGGAACAAGAGCCAAUUACAAAGUGUUGUCCCGUCUCCCAACCUCCACAGACCCAUUUCUCUACUCCCAAACCAAACUUGAUUGUAAAAAAUGUAAAAGACACUAGAGAAAAUAAAAACAAAAGUGUAUAAACUUUCUUUAAGUGCAAAAGUGAUACGUUUUGAGAGUAGCUUUUUGGGGUUUGGUUUGAGUUUCUUUCUAAAUAGAAGCAGGUCAGUCGAGUAUUAUUAUCGAACUGUACAGUGUUUGUAAGAUAAAACUUAGGCCAGAAUUCAAUCAAAGUGCAUCAAACUUUUUCCAUUAAAAAAAAAAGGCACUUUAAUUGAAUGUCAGCCUGUUGCAGAAUCUUUUCUGUGGACGUUCCAUUUUUGCGUAAAUGUUUCCCUUCUGUCAGAAUUGAGUCUGUUUGUUUCCUCAUUCAGCUUGAGACAGGUUCACACACACAUACACACACACUCACACACACACACGUACACUCACACACGCACACGCUCACACACACACACACACACACACACACACACACACACACACACACACACACACACACACAAUCCCCUAGUGACUAAAUGGGGAGCCAACCACAUCUACAAAGCAUGGCCGUAUUCGUAGCAUAGCGUCUUAUACACAGGCACAGCACUGUGAGAAACAAACCUGAACCAUUAAAACACUGUCUCUCUCUCUCUCUCUCUCUCUCUCUCUCUCUCUCUCUCUCUCUCUCUCACACACACACACACACACACACACACACACACACACACACACACACACACACACAGUUUCCUAAUGUCUUUUACAAUUGAUUAUCUGAGGGACAAUCUUGCUAUUUCUUAAUUAAUUCAUUCCAUGGACAGUUAUUUUUGAUUGAUUGAUUGGUUGAUUGAUGGUUUGCCUUGUUGUGGUGUAUUGUGUUGUAUGCUGGUUAGGACCAGGAGUUUUACCUGGUCAGUCACAUGGUCAGGAACAACAUUCUAGCCCUAGACUUGAGAAUAGUUGAGAGUAUUUGAGUGAACAGUCUUAAAAGAGGACACAAAGCUCUAGAAUGGAAGUCUUGUGGUGCUCCCAUUCCCACAUCAUUCACUAUAGCUGAUCUAGGUCAGUUUGAAGUUUUCAACCCCAAAAGAUUGUCAGGAUUUGGGGAAUGGAAUCUGAUCCUAGAUCUUACCCAGAGCAGAACGCUAGAACCCUAAAACUAAUUUCUGUCCCUAGACACUGGUCUCGGGUCAGUUUUACCUGGACUCAUCAUUGUGUUUUUAUCUCCUGUGGAUGCAUAUACAGUAUGUAUCUCUGGUAACACUUUGUUUUACAGUCUCCUUUAACUUGGUAUUUGCUUAUCAAUAACAUGGUAAAAACAUGUGUUUCGUUGCAAGCGAGGACUAUUUGGUCCGAGGUUGAAAGUCCCCAUUGUUACCACAAUGUGUUCCUUCCGGCUGGGACAGGACUGUAAAGUCAAGCGUUACCGUAUCUUUUUGCCUUGAUUCAUUGUGAAUGAUCAGUUACUGAUUAUGAAGGAAAUGUAAUAUCUAUUUUUUGUAUCUGGUCGCUCUGAUGUGCCAUAACUCAUGUUUUUUUGCACACUGUUGAUAUUUUACAGUUAAAUACUUUCCUGUUAAGACUUUACUGUUCAUAUUUUACAGUUAAAUACUUUCCUGUUAAGACUUUACUGUUGAUAUUUUACAGUUAAAUACUUUACUGUUAAGACUUUACUGUUCAUAUUUUUGUGGAUAUUGCUGUUAAAAAAAUAUGAUAUUGAAAAGUAGACAACAGUAAUAAAAAAUAUGAUAAUAA